ACAGUGAUGUCAGGUUUCACUUUCGGUUUAUCAGGUGCUGCUGUGUCUUCAGCACCUGCAACAAGUAGUUUGUUUGGAACAGUACAAAAACCACUAUUCGGCACUCCAACAACCACUCAACCAACUGCUAAUGCAGGUCUUUUUGGUACAUCUACUUCACUAGCUACAACUUCCACGACUUCAGCACUGUUCGGCGUGUCAGUACCCUCAACUGGUUUUUUUGGAUCACCAGCAAAAACUACAGGUAGUUUGCUAGGGUUUGCUGCAACAACAACGACAGCAACUGGUGGAUUUUUUGGGAGCCUACCAGCUACAUCAGCAUCAGGUUUAUUUGGUUCAACGCCAUCAGUAAGCACAUCUGGAAGCCUUUUUGGAAGUCCAGCUCCAGGUUUCUUUAGUACUCCCGCAGUUUCCACAACUACUUUGAGUGGUGGACUUUUCGGUGCAAGUGAAAAUUCGGCAUACACUGUUGGAAAAGGAUUAGGAGGAAUUGGAACACUUACAACUGUUGGUUCAGCAGCGAAUGGUUCUAUAGGUGUUGCUGGUGCUGCAGCAUCCGGAAAUCCGAUGGAAGCCGAAGUUUCUCAAGUAGUCAUGGGUCUUUUUAAUUUGCUGCGGAAUCAGAUCAAGAGGAACCAUGAAUUAAGUGAAGAAUUUGCGAUGUACAGCUCCGAUUCUUGCUUAGAGAUGGAUGAAAAAAUUAAAGGAUUAGGAGCUAUUCGUGUGAAAAGAGCUGACCUAAUGCGUUCUGCUCAAACCAAAGCAAACGAAUUACUUGGAAAAAUCCAGCGGGAUGUACGAGCAGCGGAGCAAGUACGUAGAAGACAACGAGAAACAUCGAAAAAUCCUCAGUUUGGUCGAAAACAAGCUUUAUCUUACUUAGUAGGAAUUUGUGUGGAGCACGAAGACAUAGUUCGAGAAUUUGUAACAACAUUAAAUUUAUUGGAAGAAAGAGUUAUUGCUAAGUUAAACAAGGUGAACAACAUUUUAUGUAGUUGUUUUCAUUGCGAUUUAACUUCAAAAGAAGACUUGCAAAAGCACUUUGAACAUUACGAUCAGUCGUUUAAAGUGAUUUGUUCAGAUAUAUAUCGGUGCAAAAUCCAAGUUGAAAGAUACAUUUUUGGAAUAUCGUAG